AUGACACAAACCGCGCAGGAUACCCUUAGCCGCAUUGUGGGAGAGCUGCGGACGAAAAACGAUGAUACGCGGAAACGAGCAGCAUUAGAUUUGAGGGAACUGGUCGUGAUCUCUUCGAGAGACCUACCACAGGAGCGUUUCCUAGAAUUCUAUAAUGUUGUGAACCAGAGAAUUACACAACUUAUCAGUCAUGGAAAUGACGCCGCCGACCGACUGGGUGGUAUUUACGCCCUGGAUGCGCUCAUCGACUUUGACGGUGUCGAUGUUGGACAGAAGACGACUCGAUUUACACAAUCGCUUCGAACCGUCUUGAGAGGAAAAGACAUCGCGCUUAUGCAACCUGCUGCUGCGGCGCUUGGGAAAAUAUGCCGACCUGGAGGAUCCCUUAUAUCUGAUCUUGUUGAGGCGGAGAUCAAAACCGCACUCGAAUGGCUGCAGUCUGAUCGCGUCGAAGAAAGACGGUAUAGCGCCGUUCUUAUCCUUAGGGAACUGGCUCGCAAUGCCCCAACAUUGGUAUACGGAUUUGUUAGUCUUAUAUUCGACCAAAUAUGGGUUGGGCUUCGCGAUCCACGACUCCUUAUUCGUCAGACCAGCGCUGAGGCCAUCAGUGCCUGCUUCCAGAUUAUACGGGAGAGAGAUCAGAAUAUGCGACAGACAUGGCAGGCAAAGAUUUAUGAGGAAGCUGUGCAAGGUGUGAGACAGGGAUCAAACGAGUACAUUCAUAGUUCACUGCUUGUUAUAAAAGAGCUUCUUCAACAGGGAGGGAUGUUUAUGCAUGAACACUACCAAGAAGCCUGCGACAUCGUCUUUCGACAUAAGGAUCAUCGAGAUUUUCAGGUUCGACGGGCCGUUAUUAUGCUGAUCCCGGAGCUUGCGAACUAUGCGCCUACCGACUUCGCCCAGACGUACUUGCAUAGGUUUAUGUUUUUCCUAUCUGGUAUGCUCAAAAAGGACAAGGAGCGGAAUGACGCGUUCUUCGCAAUUGGGAAUAUUGCAAAUGCAGUCAAAAGUGCAAUUGCGCCCUACUUGGAUGGGGUCUUGAUUUACGUUCGCGACGGUCUGAGUCUAAAAUCGAGACGAAGUGGUACAGUUGAUCCGGUGUUCGACUGCAUUAGCAGAUUGGCAGUAGCAGUCGGACAAACACUGAGCAAAUAUAUGGAGGCUCUUUUAGACCCCAUCUUUGCGUGCGAGUUGACCCCAAAGCUUACUCAGGCGCUGGUGGAUAUGGCAUUCUAUAUUCCGCCCGUCAAACCCACGAUCCAGGAGAGACUUCUCGACAUGCUAAGCAGGGUCCUCUGUGGCGAACCAUUUAAACCUCUGGGAGCGCCAACCCCUAAUACAAUUGCUCCAGUGGUUCCCAAGGACCCAAAGGAUCCACUGGCCUAUGAGCACCGUCGGGCUGAAAUCAAACUUGCGUUGAACACAUUAGGGAGCUUCGACUUCUCUGGUCACGUAUUGAAUGAAUUUGUCCGCGAUGUCGCUAUCAAGUAUGUGGAAGAUGAGAGUCCAGAUAUCCGUGAAGCUGCCGCAUUGACAUGUUGCCAACUAUACGUACGAGACCCAAUUGUCAACCAGACGAGCUAUCAUGCCAUUCAGGUUGUUAGCGAAGUCAUAGAAAAGCUGCUCACAGUUGGGGUUGCUGACCCGGACCCGGGGAUUCGAAGAACAGUACUGGCUGCACUUGAUGAGCGCUUUGAUCGACAUCUCGCCAAAGCAGAGAAUAUCCGGACACUCUUCUUUGCUCUAAAUGAUGAAGUUUUUAGCAUCAGGGAGGUAGCCAUUGCAAUAAUUGGUCGUCUGACGCAUGUUAACCCUGCAUAUGUCAUUCCAUCCCUACGGAAAGUACUCAUUCAAAUGCUUACCGAGCUUGAGUUCUCCGAUGUUGCACGGAAUAAAGAGGAGAGCGCAAAGCUGCUUAGUCUGCUUGUCCAGAAUUCCCAACGAUUGAUCAAGCCUUAUGUUGAUCCGAUGAUAUCUGUCCUGCUUCCGAAAGCCCGAGAUCCAAGUCCUGCAGUCGCUUCUACGAUUUUGAAGGCAAUUGGGGAUCUGGCUACUGUUGGAGGGGAAGAUAUGAUCCCUUAUAUCGAUAAGCUAAUGCCGAUAAUUAUCGAAGCUUUGCAAGAUCAAAGUUCGUCCGCGAAGCGUGAGGCAGCUCUACGAACCCUUGGACAACUGGCCAGCAACUCUGGAUAUGUUAUCAAACCAUACCUAGACUACCCAUCUCUCCUCGAGAUCCUGCAGGGUAUCAUCCGCGGCGAACCUCAAAGAGGCCCGCUUCGACAGGAGACUAUCAAGCUUAUGGGGAUACUCGGCGCUCUCGAUCCGUAUAAGCAUCAACAGGUCGAAGAGAGAUCACCGGAGAUGCAGCUGCGCCUUGAGGCGAACCAAACGACGGAUAUUUCCCUCAUGAUGAGUGGGCUGACGCCUUCGACCAAGGAAUAUUUCCCGACUGUUGUGAUAAAUGCUUUGCUACAGAUCCUAAAGGACCCAUCUCUCGUCCAGCACCAUGCGGUGGUUGUCGAGGCGAUCAUGAAUAUCUUCCGAACUCUCAACAUGGAAUGCGUUCCCUUCCUCGACAAAAUAAUUCCCGCCUUCUUGUCUGUCAUACGCAGCUCCCCGCCGUCUAGACUUGAAUCUUACUUCAGCAAUCUGAGUAUCCUGGUCACCAUAGUCAAGCAGCAUAUCAGAAAUUAUCUGCCCGAAAUUGUGACGGUGCUCCAGGAGUACUGGAGUAUUUCCCCUACCCUUCAAGCAAAUAUUCUCCAAUUAGUAGAAGCCAUUUCACGAUCCUUGGAAGGAGAGUUCAAAAUAUACCUUGCUGGCCUCCUGCCGCUCAUGCUUGGUAUUCUUGAGAAAGAUGCCUCGACAAGAAGAUUGCCAUCCGAGCGUGUCCUGCAUGCGUUCCUUAUAUUUGGAUCCAGUGCCGAAGAAUAUAUGCACUUGAUUAUCCCGGUCAUUGUCGGCGUUUUCGAGAAGCCACAGCAACCUUCAUUCAUUCGAAAAUCUGCUAUCGAUACUAUCGGCAAGAUCUCACGACAAGUCAAUCUUAACGAUUACGCAUCUAAAAUCAUUCAUCCACUGGCAAGAGUUUUAGCCGGCAGUGACCCUUCGCUAAGAAUUGCAGCCCUUGACACCCUUUGCGCUUUAAUCUUCCAGCUCGGGAAAGAUUACCUUCAUUUUGUUGGCACGAUAAACAAAGUGCUUUCUGCCAACCAAAUCCCGCACGUAAAUUAUGAGCUUUUAGUAAGCAAAUUGCAGAAGGGAGAAGUAUUACCGCAAGAUCUGAAUGCCGGCGACCUCGGCUUCCAGAAUGAUGACAGCUCUGCUAUGGAGCCGCUCUCUAAGAAACUUGAGUCUAAUCCUGUGCACCUGAAGGCUGCGUGGGAUGCUACUGGCAAGUCUACAAAGGAAGAUUGGCAAGAGUGGAUGAGAAGGUUCAGUUUGACUGUGCUGACAGAGUCUCCAAAUCAUGCCCUGAGAGCCUGCGCUUCCCUGGCAAGCGUGUAUCCUCCACUGGCUAGGGAAUUAUUUAAUUCGGCGUUUGUAUCAUGCUGGAGUGAUCUUUUCGAGCCAUACCAGGAUGAUUUGAUUCAAAAUAUUGAAACUGCCAUCCGAUCUCCGCAUGUUACUCCGGAUCUUCUCGGUGUCUUGCUCAACCUGGCAGAGUUUAUGGAGCAUGAUGAUAAAGCUCUUCCAAUUGAUAUUCGUGUCUUGGGCCGUGAAGCUGGUAGAUGUCACGCCUGGGCAAAAGCCUUGCAUUACAAGGAGUUGGAAUUUAUUCAAGACCAGUCAAGUGGUGCUGUGGAGGCGCUCAUCCAGAUCAAUAACCAACUACAACAGUACGAUGCUGCCAUUGGUAUCUUACGUAAGGCGCAGACCUUCAAGGACGGGAUCACGUUGCGGGAGACCUGGUUCGAGAAACUCGAACGCUGGGAAGAGGCUCUUGAAUUUUACAAGAAACGCGAAAAGGAAUUCCCUGCCCACGCUGAAACCUUUGAUGUUAUCAUGGGGAAGAUGAGAUGUCUGCAUGCAUUGGGAGAAUGGGACUCACUCUCUGCGUUGGCCCAAGACAAAUGGAAUACCUCUACGCUGGAGAUCAAGCGAAGAGUCGCGCCUCUGGCAACCGCCGCUGCUUGGGGCCUAGGACAAUGGGAUUUGAUGGACGACUACCUUAGUGUCAUGAAAGCUAACACCCCAGAUCGAUCCUUCUUUGGUGCUAUUCUCGCUCUGCACCGCAAUCAGUUCCGAGAAGCCGCCCAAUAUGUGCAGAAGGCAAGAGAGGGCCUCGAUACAGAACUGAGCGCCUUGGUCAGCGAGUCUUACAACAGAGCCUAUACAGUCGUUGUCCGUGUGCAGAUGUUGGCCGAACUUGAGGAGCUUAUUACUUACAAACAAAGUAAUAAUAAUCCAGCGAAGCAGGAAACAAUGCGACAUACUUGGGAGAAGCGUCUUCUUGGCUGCCAGCGAAAUGUGGAAGUUUGGCAGAGAAUGCUCAAGCUACGUGCAUUGGUAAUCUCUCCAAAGGAGAACAUGCAAAUGGAAAUCAAAUUUGCGAACCUGUGCAGAAACUCGGGACGAAUGGGCCUAGCAGAAAAGUCAUUGAAGAGCCUCAUCGGAAACGACGAGAGCCUGGACAAUAUGCUACCAGAUGCUGACGGAGAUUCUCGCCAAAACUCACGCCGUGUGAAGAACGUUCCAGCUCACGUCCAAUACGCUGUCCUGAAAUUCCACUGGGCCGCUGGAAAGAAACCCCAAUCUUUGGAAGGCCUUAGAGCGUUGACUGCGGAAAUGGCUGAUCGCCUCGAGGCUGUUCAGAUGGGCAUGAACGGCGUCAACGAGAUUCAUAUCAAUGGCAAUGGUAACAUGACAAAUGGCUAUGUUCAAAAUCAUAUGCAUCCAGCGGCUGCCACUCCCAUGCUAAAUGCGAAAGCUAUGGCUGACCACACCGUCCUCCUGGCGAGAUGUUGUCUCAAGCAAGGUGAAUGGCAAGUAGCUCUAAAACAGGGUGACUGGCAAUACAACAGCGUGGAAGAUAUUCUAUCCUCAUAUCGGGCCGCUACCCACUUCAAUCCAAAUUGGUACAAAGCUUGGCAUGCCUGGGCACUUGCAAACUUUGAGAUCGUCCAGGCUCUUGGGGCACAAUCGGCCCAAAAUCGCGAUAUUACUAUCCCUCCAAAUGUUCUGGUCGACCAUGUUGUGCCUGCUGUUCGGGGAUUCUUCAAAUCGAUUGCACUCUCAAUGGGUAGCUCCUUGCAGGAUACUCUUCGACUGCUAACUUUAUGGUUUUCUCAUGGCGGAGCCACAGAGGUUAACACGGCUGUGACCGAAGGAUUUGCCUCCGUCAGUGUCGACACCUGGCUAGAAGUGAUUCCCCAACUCAUCGCCAGGAUCAAUCAGCCAAAUGCUCGUGUUCGGGCAUCAAUUCAUAAUCUUCUUGCAGAUGUUGGCCGAGCUCAUCCACAAGCUCUGGUAUAUCCUCUGACGGUUGCGAUGAAAUCGGCCACGAAUACCCGCCGAUCAAGGUCUGCAGUCCAAAUCAUGGAUAGUAUGCGUCAGCAUAGCGCAAGGCUCGUUGAGCAGGCAGAUGUUGUGAGCCACGAGCUUAUCCGCGUUGCGGUACUAUGGCAUGAGCUAUGGCACGAGGCCCUCGAGGAAGCCUCGAGGCUCUACUUCGGGGACCGCAAUAUUGAGGGAAUGUUUGCUACUUUGGCCCCCUUACAUGAUAUGCUUGAUCAAGGACCCGAGACGCUCCGAGAAAUAUCUUUCGCUCAGACCUUUGGCCGCGAUCUCCAGGAAGCCCGUGAGUGGUGCUAUGCAUACAGACAAUCAGGAGACGUUAGCGAGAUCAACUCUGCCUGGGACCUUUAUUACCAGGUGUUCAGGAGGAUCGCUCGUCAACUUCCGCAGCUGAAUAAUCUCGAGCUUGCAUAUGUGUCGCCGAAGCUUCUACGUGCUCGAGACCUAGACUUGGCCGUGCCUGGCACCUACCAGAGUGGCAAGCCCAUUGCCCGCAUUAUCAAUUUUGAGACUAAUUUUAGCGUUAUUUCUUCGAAACAACGGCCACGGAAACUGAGUCUUAAUGGAAGUGAUGGCAAAGCCUAUGCCUUUGUCCUCAAGGGACAUGAAGAUAUGCGUCAGGAUGAGCGUGUUAUGCAGUUGUUUGGCCUCUGCAAUACAUUGCUGCACGGCGACUCUGAAUCCUACAAGCGCCAUUUGAACAUCCAGAGAUACCCAGUUAUCCCCCUCUCUCAGAGUUCUGGUCUCCUGGGCUGGGUUCCCAAUAGCGAUACAUUGCAUGUCCUGAUCCGAGAAUAUAGAGAGAGCCGUAAGAUAUUACUUAAUAUCGAGCACCGGAUCAUGCUACAAAUGGCCCCAGACUACGAUAACUUGACAUUGAUGCAGAAGGUCGAGGUGUUCGGCUACGCCUUAGACAAUACGACUGGCCAAGAUCUCUACCGAGUUCUCUGGUUGAAGAGCAAGAGUUCGGAGGCUUGGCUCGAGCGACGCACCAACUAUACACGAUCUCUUGGUGUGAUGUCCAUGGUCGGAUACAUUCUUGGUCUUGGUGAUAGACAUCCUUCCAAUUUGAUGCUUGACAGGAUUACGGGCAAUAUCAUCCAUAUUGAUUUCGGCGACUGCUUCGAAGUGGCCAUGCAUCGUGAGAAGUAUCCGGAGCGGGUGCCAUUCCGGUUGACCCGGAUGUUGACGUACGCUAUGGAGGUUGGCAACAUUGAGGGCAGCUUUAGGAUUACCUGCGAGAACGUCAUGAGGGUAUUGCGUGACAAUAAGGAGUCCUUAAUGGCGGUGCUUGAAGCUUUCAUCCAUGAUCCCCUCCUCAACUGGCGUCUUACUGGCGACCACUCGCCUGCUGGCCCCCAUUUCCGCUCUGAGCGUCGAGAUUCGCUUAUGGCAUCGCAAGCCCGCCGCCCGUCAAUCAUGGAUGCCGAAGUCCCACCUACCGAACUGAUGGCUCAAAAUUCAACUGCUCUUCCAGGCGGACCACCAUCUUCCCGGCCUCGUGCAAGAACAAAUUCCACUGCUCAAGGCCCUGGCCCCGAGGCAGAUAUGCACGAAAAGCAGAAUGAGCGAGCAAUGCAGGUGCUGAACAGAGUGAAGGAGAAGCUUAUUGGACGUGAUUUCAAGGCUGACGAGGAACUGAGUUACAUCGAUCAGGUGGACAAAUUGCUGAUUGAGGCGACGAAAUUUGAGAAUUUGUGCCAGCACUACAUCGGCUGGUGUAGUUUCUGGUGA